GUCGGCGCGGCUCGUGAUGGAGCUCCGUCCCGCAGCAGGUCUGCACGCAUACCAGCGGACCCCGCUUCAUCUACCCUAAAAGAGGCCCCUCCGCCACAAGGACUUCUUUCAUACAUUUUUCAACUUUUUCCCCCCGUGUUUUAAUGUUUAUGCGAGGGGGCACACGCCAUUAGUUUUAUAGCACAAAUCAACACUUUACCUGGUAGUUUAGCCUCGUUUUGUUUAUCCUGUAGAGAGGAUAAUAAGAGCUUUUUGGGUCGUUCAGCGAGCCGCUGGUAGGUUGAGUCUGUCGGCUAUGUGGCCCCUUUGGCCCCGCGGAUGUGCUUGUCGGAGGUGAGGGGACGUCGUGAGCCUGGGGAGGUGAGUUUAUCAUGGGCUGACUUGUUUUUGUUACCCUACGGGUGCACCGGAGAAGUAUACAUAUUUGCGGUCUCAUUAAAUUGAGUUAUUUUAACCUAAGUGUGAGACUUCAUUAGUUUGGAGUUGUUCGUGCAGGUGCCAGCUAGUCUAGAUUAGCUCGAAAAUUUUACUUUAAAAAACAACAAACACUGGAUAGCAGUUCGCCAGUUAUUAAACGUAUUUUAAAGGGAUAGCUGUAACUUUUUUUUUUCGGUGUCGUGAUUAAGUGGCUGUAAUUAUCAGUUGAAGUUGUGGAGCAGUCGGUGGUUUUCUGUCGAGUCUAGCCUGAUAUCAGCCUCCCGUCUUUCUUUAUGUGCAUUUUGGGAGUCGUAUUUAUUUAUCGUGUUAGCUUUAACUCUCUGACGCACGCGCGUCUCGAGGUUUAAGUGUCGACUUUUUGGUUAGUCUUCCUUCCCUUUUGGAGGUAUUUUGUCUACAGUCUGACUGCCCCCGCGGCCGUUCAGGGACCCUCUCUCUCUCUACCCCUACGCGGACAAUGUGGCUGUCUCGCCUGGCUCUGCUACUCCUUCUCCGGCUGUCCGUCGCGCUGGUUAAGGGAAUCAACACUUGCGCCUUCAUCAACCUGGACGAGCAGAAGUCGCGGCGCAUCGAGGCGGUGCGCGGGCAAAUUCUCAGUAAGCUUCGUAUCCAGAGCCCGCCGGACGACGACGACGAGGCGACGGUGGCGGCUAGCGGCGUUGUGCCCGCGGAGAUCAUGCUGCUGUACAACAGCACUCGGGAGUUGCUGAAGGAGAGAGCGAGGCAGGCGGAUUCCACGUGCGAAAGAGAGAGCAGCGAGGAGGACUACUAUGCCAAAGAAGUGCAGAGGAUUGACAUGCUGCCUCUGCGCACGCAAACUAAUUCGGUGCAGACACUGCCGCUCGACCCUCAUUAUCGGAGCGUCCUGUUCGACGUGAGCAGUGUGGACCUGACCAACAACACGCUGGUCAAGGCUGAAUUCAGGAUUUUCCGAGCCCCCAACCCUCUGGCGAAAGCCUCCGAGCAGAGGGUGGAGAUAUAUCAGCUGCUCAAGCCGGACGAGGAGAGCACGUCCACCCAGCGCUACAUCGACUCCCGCACCGUUCAGCCCCGAGCGAGGGGAUCCUGGAUCUCCGUGGACGUCACAGAGACAGUCAAGGACUGGGUUUCUGAACCAGCGAGCAAUCUGGGCUUGAAGCUGGGCGUCCAUUGUCCCUGCUGCACUUUCGUCCCGUCCACCAACAACAUCGUUCCCAAUAAGAGCGAAGAACUGGAGGCUCUCUUUGCAGGCGUGGACGACGAGCAGCUGCGACAGCUUAAGAAGCAGAGUCAGGUGAAAGGUCAGGCAGAUUUCAGCAGCAAGACGCCUCACCUCAUCCUCACCCUGCUGCCCAGCGACCGCAUGGACAACCCGGCCAAGAGGAACCGCAAGAAGAGGGCGGCGGCGGCCACCGACGCGGCCACCUGCUCGCGCGGUUCCGAGUCAGGUUGCUGUCUGCGCUCGCUCUACAUCGACUUCCGGCGAGACCUCAACUGGAAGUGGAUCCACGAGCCCAAAGGUUACAAGGCCAACUUCUGCGCCGGCAAUUGUCCUUACCUUUGGAGCGCCAACAACCACUACAACAUGAUCCUUCCCCUGUACAACAAACUCAACCCCGAAGCGUCGGCGUCACCCUGCUGCGUCCCGCAAGACCUGGAGCCCCUCACCAUCAUGUAUUUCAUCGGACGCAGCCCACGUGUGGAGCAGCUCUCCAACAUGGUAGUCAAGUCCUGCAAGUGUCGCUAGUGACCCUGAACCCCUGAACUCUCAGUUCGAGACAGUAAUUAUCUCCACAUCCAGACAGUGCAUCCGGAAAGUAUUCACAGUGCUAUUUUUUUCCGCCUCAUUCCAAACUGCAAUACAUUCCUUUUUAUCCUCAAAAUUCUUAAACGCGGAGCCCUGUGAAUACUUUCCAGAUUGACUUUAUAUACGAUAAACAUACUGUAUAAGUUCUACAGUACUUCCCGGUGCGUUUCAUAGCGUUUAUCUCAACUCAACUCGUUGGACUUUAACUCCGAGAGAGUACCCCAUGCCCUGCCAGCUCGCUGCGGUCCGGGCCCCAAAACGCGCCGGCGUAAACAGGAUGCGAACGCUCUUUCACAAAAAGGCAUCCAUUUAAAACGCCUUCUUCUUCUCCUCCUCCUUCUGGGAUUUGUGGUGGGAGGAGACAGUGAGGGACGGCCUUUUGAAAGCCAGACGUGAGACGGACCACGGGGCGGAAUUUGUCUGGAAGCGGGCGGUUUCCGAACACUUUUUGGGGUCUGGCAGCCUAAUGACGCUGACGCGCUGCUUUUCUUCUGCCUUCAUUAUCUUACUGAUGGUUAAAUUCUCUCUCUAUUGCCUUGUGUUUACCUUCUUUCUGUCACGCACACACACACACAACUAUUCUCUCCUCACUGACCACACUUGAAAUUGUGCAAAUAAAGAAAAACAUCCCCGGGGUUGACAUUUUAAAUAUAGACUCUGGUAUGCCAGUGGUUUUUCUCUUGUGAGGUCAUGCAUGAUUGUAACGCGACGGCUCGCUAUUCCGCCGUCCAGUCGUGGAAGUAUGAAGGCAGUCAGCGGUGGUCAAGAGCGUUAAGUGGACUUAUGCAACUGGAAAAACAUUUUUUUUCAAUCUGCAUUGAAUAGACACAUCCGCUUUGUCUAACCGCAUGUCUAUAAAUGUCUCCUCAGAAUUACAUAAAAGACAUCUGUCAUUUCAAACACACUAAAUAUUACUCUAAAUGUUUCUCAUUCGUUUUUAGAUUUUUCGCCAAUAUUUAGCCAAGCACCCACUAAAAAUCACGCAUUGAACCAUUUAGAGUAAAUUGACUCCAUGGUCAACACCAUUAGACCUGCAAAAACUCACCAUUGACUCUCAUUUACAUAGAAGUUAAACUGACAAACCAUAAACUACGACCCAAAAAGCAAUCUCUUUAACACCUAUUGACCCUCAGGCUUAAAUCUCAAUUUUCGGUCUUUUUUUUUUUUUUUUCUACCAAAGACUUCCCCUUUAAUUUCAAGCAUAGGGUUUCAGGCUUAGGGUUUAGGUUAAUAUAAGUAAGGCGCUAGCUACUUCAAUAGUGGCCUGGGCACGAGCACGGCUACUUUUUCUUUCCUUACACCCACACGAAAUAUACCCUGCAUAUAGUAUAAUAUACAAGAGAACAAUGUUAUAAUAAUAAUGAUUUAAAAAAAUAAAAUCCUAUAUUUUCCUUUCUCUCAAACUAGUUGUUCCCAGGAGGUAAAGGUAAUUAAGCUUAAAAUUGAGAAACCUAAAAGUGUAUAUAAUUCGGUUGGGUUUAGGGAAAAUGUUCAGCACGAUAGUAUAGCAUAAGGCGGAAAACAGGUGACUUGAAGUUCCGCUCUGGGACCCCCAAUUUGGCCAAAUUUCAAAAUUGUCCGAUAUGCAUGUGUGAUACAUCAUUGGAAAGCUUAAAAUCUCAAUUUCCUGGGGGAAGAAACUUUUUGGACAUUUUGGCAUUUAAAAAAAAACGUUUUUUAAACAGCAAAACCCUAUCUGGAGGUGAGAGCACGCGAGAGGAGAAUUACAGACGCCAUGACUUUAACGAGAUAUUAUGGGGUACUUACCUUGUUUCGAUCCAAAAACUCCAUGUCGCAUGUAUCACUAUUACCCCUUUCCCACUGAAACUAGUGGGUCAACGCGCGUUUUUCCAAGCCGAUGCAUCCCACUAGCAAUUGGCAUUUGGCACCUUUCCCAUUGACGAAAAAAGCCGUGCUUUUUUUUUUUUUAACCCGUCUAACCCCCACCCCUCCUCAGCCGUGCGUAUGGUGCAUGACGUCACCACGCUAAGAUCCGCUUCGACAAGUGCGACCGAAUUCAUUCAGUUCAAGGAAGUUAACAAUGCAAAGCAACAUGGAAGCCUCCUUUCCGUUUGUGUUCUCUGUUUUCAUGCGUUUUACUGCCCGCAAAAUGGUUGAAAUGCAGCAAAGGAUCAACACUGUGCUUGUGCUGAGGCAACGUAGGCGACGUAAAUUUUGGUUUGAAAUUGAAAGGAGUCGUGUACGUCACAGGAGGAGGAGAAGAGCCUUUGUUUCGUCUGUUAUGGCUAUUGCUAACGCUGCUACACCGACUGUUCGCCGUAUGUGGAUCCGGGCUAGAGCACAUGGUUUUUGUUUUUUGUUAUGACUCAUCACGUACUAGCCUACGUCACCACGUAUAUUAGGGUGUUGACUGUUGACCCGGGGUUUUGCUUUCACACUGCAUGGCGAUCAGAGCCGAGGUGAUUUUAACGCGGGUCGCUUGGCGGGUUGAUUGACACGGGUCGAGGCAGGUCGCUGCAACUUUCCCACUGCCACCAAAAGCCGAUUGUUAGCGGGUUGACACGGGUUUUUUGUCCAGUGGGAAAGGGAUAUGAGUGUCAAGACACAACUGUGAAUGGCCACAGCUGGAUUUUUGGGGGAUUUUAUGGGUGAAACAUGGUAAUAUAACAAGGGUCGCAAUGCAGAAAUCGCAGACAUCAAGGAGUGGUUGAGAUUUUCUUUUUCAUAUAUUUAACCUUUUAAACGUUUUUUUUGGGUUUUUUUUUUCCUUUGGAUCGAUUAUCAUCUAACAUAUCAGGAAAAAUGCGACAGUAACAAAAAAAUACAUUUUAGCGAUAGUUAUGAGGUAGCUAUCUGUGACUUUUUUACAGAUGCCAUUUUUUUCAUUGUGACGUAAUUUGUUUAAAAGUUUAAAAUAUGUGAGAGAAUAAUUUUUUAAAGUCGUUUUUUUUUUUUAAACAAAAUAUUAGACAUCAAUGAAUGAUUCUAAGCUAAAAAUGAGACAUUUUGAAUAAUAAAUAUAACUAACCUUGUUUUCAUGGCUGGGUUGAAACAAAUACGGUUGCACGACGUCUGUAAACGAGGUUUUUAAGGGUAAAACGGGCAAAUUAAAAAUAGUUUGGGGGCUUAAUGCGCCAUGAAUCUGCUAUGGCGGCAUAUAGACAUAUUGUUCUAUCAAACACAACAGGUGUUUUGGCUUAAAAUACAUCAGUUUCUUUUAAAGAGGAGUGCAAGAGCAGAAACUGCUUUUUCAGUCUUGUCUGUGUUUUCCGCCAUAACAUUUUGUCCUCAAAUCAACUCAUACAACAAUUAGUUGAGUUUAAAAUAGACAUUUAAGAGUUAGUAAUCUUGGGUUGAGACCUAGCCUUUUUCGGGAUUUAUGGUUAUGGGGUUAAGGUUAGUGGGCUAGGAUUCAAGGGUUAUGGUUAGGGGGUUUGGGUUGGGAAAUAUCUGUCAAUUUCAAUGAUGGAAAUAUACGUCAAAUCCAAUGACAUAAAGUAUAUCAGGGUUAGGGUUAGGGUUUGUUCUAGUCAGUUCUAAUGACAUCUAUAUAGAGUUAGGUUUAAGGGGAUUAAGGGUUAACGCUAUGGUUUCCAGUGGUGGAAAAAAAAAUCCAAUGAAAGCUACUGCAUGUCUCACAAUUCUAAAGUUAGCUGUAUUCGUGAAUUUCAUUCAUUUUCCAUGCCGCUUUUGUCUCACGAGGGUCACGGAGAUGCUGGAGCCUAUCUCAGCUUACUACGGGCAGGGUACACCCUGAAUUGGUCACCAGCCAAUUGCAGGGCAUGACCAUUAGAUACGUAUACAAUUUAGAGUGUUUAAUCAGCCUACAAAGCAUCUUCGGGAUGUGGGAGAAAAACCACGCAGGCACGUGGAGAAUAUGCAAACUGCACACGGUAAUGCCGAGAUUGAACCCUUGAUCUCAAAACUGUGAGGCAGACGUCCUAACCACUCAGCCACCGUCGUAAACUUCGAUGUUGCAACUAUCCGUCCAUUUCAAAGACGGCUAUAUCCGUUACAUAAAAAAAAAAAGUCUAUAUCCGUCAUAUCCAAAGAUUUCUAUAUGCAUCAAAUCCAAAGAGAGCUAUAUCUAGGGCUGCAGCUAUUGAUUAUUUUAGUAGUCGAUGAAUCUAUCAACGAGUUAAUUUGAAUAAUCGAGUAAUCGGAUUAGGAACAUUUAAUGUGUUGCAGAAUAAAUAUUAGGACAUGUGUAACCGGACCAGGCCAGGACGCGAAUCCGCGCGCCACGACGCUUCCACCCGGCAGGUAGGGACGUUAACCACUGCGCCAAUAAAGGUUGAGCCAACGGUACAGCCGUCAGCGUCCCUACAUGAAGGAAUCGGAAGGGCGGUUUCCACGCUCCGCUACGGACCGACGUGUACCCGUUACACAUGUAAACCAAAGUCCUGCUAAUAUUUCACUUUCAAAAGAGCAUUAAAUGCGAACACAAAAUAUAAUUUUCGAGUGUUUCUUCGAACUAUGCAGAAUUGUCAUUUAAAAAUGAAACAUUAUAAAACGGUAUUAAAAAAAUGAAUAAAUAAAAGAGGAUCUAAGGACAAUAUAAGAACAACUGGCUGAUUUGCAUAGCAAAAGUCCGCUAGCUUAAAUGCUAUAAAAUGCUAAUGAAUUUCUUUUAUAAUGUUCUUUUUUUUUUUUUUUUUCAAAUACGCUCAACAAAUUGUUCAAACACAUUCCCACAACAACAGCUAGAUAUACAGUGCUUUCUCUACAUAGGCCUUCUUGGGGCCCAUGUUGAUUUCUCGCACAAAAUCCACCGUGCGUCCGUCUUGCCGGAAAACAAUGAAAUUGAAACUCUGUCAUAAAUCGUCGUAUUUCGAGCAUUUCGUCAUAUGUCGAGACAAAUGACAUAUUUAAUGUCGGAUGGCAAAAGGAUCGUAUGUCGAUGCGGUCGUAUGUCGAGGUACCACUGUGCCUAUGAUCUAAAUUACUAAUGUAAAAAAUAAAAACAUAUUAGCUUAUGUUAGUCUUAAAAGGGAGCAGCUGGAUUCAGUCAUGUUAAAUGAGUUAUGUCAUAUUCACUGUUGCCACUGGAGGGCAGUGUAUCCACCCAAAUCAUUCAAACAAAAUGCAAACACUUUCAAAACAUACCAUUAUAAUGCCGAAUACUUGAAGCAGCAAAUUUGACUCAAAGCUUUUUUUCCCUAAUAGAAUUACUCGAGUUAAUCGAUUAAUUGUUGCAGCUAUAUCCAUCAAUUCCCCAAAACGGCUAUAUCAGUCGUUUCCAAUGACAGCUAUAUGACUCAAUUACGUCAAUUCCAAUGACAGAUACUGUAUAUCCAUCAAUUCCAAUGCGAACUGGGAAAAAAAUAGUUCAGAAAGUUUAAAAAUGAACAUUGGAAUGUAUUAUAAAUUUUAAGUGUGAUUUUAAAUUAAAAAAAAAAAAAAAAAAGUUGGGGCGAAUUUCCCUUUCUCGUCAAAAAUACUGAAGUCUGUGUAAUAGUAUUAACAUUUGCCAUAUGUAAAAUACACCAAAAAGUAUUUAAAGCUUUAUUUCACUUAAUUAAAACGUAAACUGCAUAUUAUCAUUAUAAUUAUCACAAAAUUUAUGCUUAAAAGUUCUAAUAUUGACACAUCAAACUGUAAAAAAAAAUAGCAUAUUAACUCUGUCAGUGCCAUUCACGAUGAUAGACGUCCAAUCAUUUGGCUCUUCUCAUCAUUCGACUGUGAAUAUAAAUGAGUUUUGACAAGUAGAUGUCCAAUUCACAUAAACUGGGAAGGUCGGCAGCGAAGGUUUUUUGCUGCUGACCAUCCCAGUUAGAUGCUAGAAAUAUAAUGUUACAUUUACCAAAUGUCUAUUUUCCAGAAACACGUCACAUAAAAAAAAAAAAACACAAGUAGGCCAAUAUUUUUUCCACUUUUACAAUGCCAGACAACAACAGAAGGCAAAUUUCUGUUAUUGUUUAAGGCAGCACACUUUCUAGCUUCUUGUCCCCAUGUGCGGAGAUAUAUUUUUUUUCUUUAGAAAAUGCAAUAAAACCCUCAAGCACGUUCAUCCUACCGCAAAAGACAACACCAAUGUGUUGAAUUGUGCACUUUGGAGUUAUGUUAACAAUUAAAAUGAGAGAUUUGCUUCUGCAACCAUCACAGUAAAUUGUUUCUUUUUGUCUUCUCUUUUCAAGCCAAAGCCUCAAUGUGUAUGUGGUGACCACCCCCCUUCCCCCUCAGCCCUCCUCCCUAAGUAAACUGGCCCAGGCAUCUGUUUGUCUUUUCCACUUAACUACCUCUUGCUAUAUCCAACCUGUACUUAUCCCACUGCGGAGUGCUGUGCUCCGUGCCUCUGGCCUUGAGGACGAAGGGAGGGAGGGACGGAGGGCCUGGACGCGGACCCCUCCGGUCCAGAGAAAGCCGAGUCUUUGCAAAUUUCCCACAAGUAUAAAAACCAGCCUCAGAGGAUGAUAAAAAGGCAUUUACGCGCAACUCGCACCUCAUUUCGGGGGUGAUAAACGUGGGUCACACGUCAUACAGCUGCUUGUUUCCAUCCAUUCUAGGUUUUGCGCCAGCUCCACCCUGGAUUGGUCGCCAGCCAAUCGCAGAGGUGGCAUAAAAUGUUUAAAUGAACCCUUCCAUGAUGGAAUUAUGAUUUUCAGGGCACUCAUUGGGUGCCAUUGACAGCACUAGACGUCCAAUCCGUUUUGAGUCAUAAUUCUUUCUUCCGUUAAUGAUUGCAAGUUGUCCAGGCCCUGAAGUAGCAAUACAGCCCCAAAUCAUGAUGCUCCCUCCAAGAGAUGCCGAUCGAUCGGGUCCGAUCACGUCAUUCUCAAAGUAUCGGAAUCGGCAAAAAAAUAUCGGACAUGCCUUUUUUUAAUAUAUAUAUUUUAAUUAAAUAGUUUUCUAAUUGUAUUUAACGUUACAGAAAAAAUGUCUUACACUCAUCCAAAGUCUUUAGUUUUGGCUUAAAGUAGGGCUAUCGCGUUAACGGCGGUAAUUCAUUUUUUAAAAAAUUAAUCAAAUAUUUAACGCAAUUAACGCAUGCGCUGCACGACCCACUCACGCAUUGUCGCGUUCAAUCUGUAAUGGCGCCGUUUUACCUAUAUAUAGAGCUAAAAGGCAGCGUAAUAUGAGUAGAGUGAAUUUAGGCAGCCUUUGGAGCAUUUUUUUAAUUGGCUAAAGCUUUACAAUCCCUCUCCCUAUGAUUAGAAACAUCGUGGGAAGCAAUGUGGGGAAGAAAGGUAGUAACUGUUCUUUUUCUUAACACCCUAUAUUAUUUCCCAACCCAGAGAAGAUAUAUCAAUUGGUACCACUACGCACAGUCAUGGGUGCACUUCCCAUCAUGCAUUUGGGCACAACAGUUAAAUGGCUACAGUACCAUUUACUGAAAGCUCAACAAGUACAAUAGAUGGCAAUAUUUAGUCACAAUAUACAAAGUCACAUUUAUCCUUUAAGAAUUACAAGUCUUUCUAUCCGUGGAUCCCUCUCACAGAAAGAAUGUUAAUAAUGUAAAUGCCAUCUUGAGGAUUUGUUGUCAUAAUAAACAAAUACAGUACUUAUGUACUGUAUGUUGAAUGUAUAUAUUCGUCCGAGUUUUAUUCAUUUUUUUCUUAAUGCAUUGCCAAAAUGUAUAUGAUCGAGAAAAAUUAUCGGGAAUGAUUGGAAUUGAAUCGGGAGCAAAAAAAAAAGCAAUCGGAUCGAGAAAUAUCGGGAUCGGCAGAUACUCAAACUAAAACUAAAAUCGGCUCGGGAGCAAAAAAAACAUGAUCGGAACAUGAUCCCAAACAAUUCAACUUUGGUUUCAUCCAUCCACAAAAUACCGUAUUGGCCUGAAUAUAAGACGGCCCCGAUUAUAAGACGACCCCCUCUUUUUCAAGACUCAAGUUUGAAAAAAGACUUUUUAAACAGCAAAUUAAUUUUUAUACAGAAAAUAAUUACAGUACAU